AUGAGAUCCAGAGGGAAGUGCGGUCACUCAGUGAACGAAUACUGCAGGGGUAGCGCCGUUCGCAUUGGAUUGGACAAAGGGUGUUCGGGUAAGAUGCUAUGAUUAAAUGUGGGAGUAUUUGACACUAAAGUACGACGAUAACAGCUUCUGAGCAUAUUUUUUGUUAUUUCCAACAAAACUGAGGUGAGCUAGUGAUUUUUCAAUUAAAAAAAUCGAAACUUGAAAAAAUUUCAAAGCUUUCCACGGUAAUCAUCUAGUUUGUUCAGAAAAGCUUGCAAUUUCUGUUUUUUAUUUUAGGUAAAACUCUCAGCGACCAAUCAACUGGUCCAAAUUUCCGGCCAAACCCCGCUUCUUAUAACUGGGGUCAGGAAAUUAUGGGUGACGCAGAGUCGGGUGGUGCAGGUUCGGGUGAGAACUUUCGGGUGAUCGCAAAGUCGGGUGAUGCAAAGUCGGGUGGUGCAUAUUCGGGUGAUGGAAUUUUGGGGUGGGGGAAUUCUCGGGUGAUGAAAAAUAUUGCACUGAAGGCUACUAAAUAUAAAAUAUUGUACUAAUGGCUACUAAAUAUGGCGUAAUCUUGUUAAAGUCUUAAAAUUUUUUAAAUUUUAUGCUUUUUGGGGUUUUCGACCAUCAGGAAUCCAAAAAUAGAAACCAUUUUGUUCAAAAUUCUCUGUGUGUAUUACUAUUGUUGUUUUAAUUGUAAGUAAAUAUAAGAAUUACUGUAAAUUUUAUGAAUAAACCGAAUUCUGUAUUUGUUUUGGGGUUUUCGAAUAUCAGGAAUCCAAAAAUGGAAACCAUUUUGAAGUGGGAAAUUUCUAUGGUGAUUUGGACGAUGUUGUAAUGAUCAUAACUAACUAUGACGUGACAUUGAAACCUUCAAAAAAAAAAACAAAAAUAAAUUUUCGAAAAUUAUCGCAGAAAAAUAGUAUCGGUCUGUCGGGAAAAAAACGGCGGAUCGUCGCGCCUCGGAGUCGCUCAUCAUCGCUUUGCGACUGCAAGCCGCGGCUUGGGAUUUGGUGCGCGAUAGCGGCGAGGCGAGACAUUUUGCUGCGACGAUCCGCCGUUAUUUUCCCGACAGACUGAUAUUCACAGAAAAUUUCGAACAAAAUGGUUUCUAUUUUUGGAUUCCUGAUGGUUGAAAACCCCAAAAAGCAUAAAAUUUAAAAAAUUUUAAGAUUUUACCAAUAUUACGUCAUAUUUAGUAGCCAUUAGUACAAUAUUUUAUAUUUAGUAGCCUUCAGUGCAAUAUUUUUCAUCACCCGAGAAUUCCCCCACCCCAAAAUUCCAUCACCCGAAUAUGCACCACCCGACUUUGCAUCACCCGACUUUGCGAUCACCCGAAAGUUCUCACCCGAACCUGCACCACCCGACUCUGCGUCACCCAUAAAUUCAGUCACCCCUUAUAACUACCACAGAAAACGUGGUCAUGGUGAUCACUGGGCGGGGAAAUCGCACAAUCACCCCUCUACAUGUCCUGGAGCCUCAAGUGGAUUACGCUGAAUAUGAUUUUCAGAAUCUUAGUGAGUCUUACUGUAAUUUAUGACGAAUUUCUUGUCUGAUUCUUAGAAUUUUGGGUAGUUUGGGGUAAAAUACCAACAUCAAAUUUUUGUAGAGUUAUCUCUGACAGCAAGAGUUUUGAUUAACGAUGAUAUUAGCAAAUUAAAAAUUUGAAUUUCUAAAUUCCCGCCACUUUGGUAUUCUGUUUUAGCGUUGGAAAUCAACUGAAAAAAGCAAAAAUGAGUGCUGGCUUAUAAAGUACGACAAAAUAUGAAAUAUUUUUGCGUGUUUGCCUUUUUGAGCCAUUAAAUUUUUCCUUUUUAUUCCUUUUUUUGUCAAAAGAGUUAAAUUUCUUUUUUACGGCAAAAAAUAAGCAUGUUUUUGUAAAAUACGGCCUGAUACCAUGUCCGUUUCUGCAUUUUUCCAAUUUCGCUUAUAAUAUUCCCUUGUUUUUCAGCCAGUUUUCUCCUCUCAACAACAGGAUUCCCAUUGGUUGACGUCCAAGAUGAAUCUCAAUAA